AUGGCAAAGCGAACCAAUUAUUUUAACGGUUGCGUAGUAGCCUUCUCCGGUAAUUUUAAGGCGGGUACUCACACUCACCUAGGCGAACUGGUACGAGAAAACGGUGGUGAAGUAGUCUCUGGUGUGAACAAGACAACUACUCACCUAGUGACCACCAAGGAUCACGUUGACAAACCUAGUUCCAAGGUUAAGAAUGCUCAAAAGCAAGGGGAUGGAACGCAUAUAGUGACUUGGGACUGGGUGGUUAAGUCUAUCGAAAAUAAAUCCAAACUUGCAGAAUCAGAAUAUUUUCCCGGGAAUGUUAACGAUUCAACUACGGCGACCGAAGCAAAUAUUUCAAAUAAGAGUGAUACAGCAGUGGCAAGUGCUUCGACUGACGUUGAAAUGAAGGACGUUGAAAAUAAGGCUGGAACCACGAAAGCUCAGGUGAAUGCAAAAGAAGCUGAGUCAGCCCAGAAAAUAGGUCGUCAACUUCGAAAAAGGACGCCUGCUAAUCAAUCGAAAGAGUUGAAAGCGAACAAAGCUGCCGAUGUUGCUGCUCCUUCGGUUGUUGACAAUGACGCUAAGAAGGUGGAUGCUAAAGAUGACGUAGUUGAAAAUAAUGAGGGUGGAACAGAAAAAGAAUCCGCGGAAAAAGCGAUACCAAUUAAGAAACGCGGUCGCAAGAUUAAAGAAUCCUUGAAUGAUAAUCAUGUCACGGAGGUUACUAAGAUGGAUCACUCAUCUGAUGAGAAAACAAGCAAAGGGGCCACUUCUGAAGAAAAAACCAAACCCGCGACAACUCGCAAACGUGUGCGAAAGGCCAAUAAUAAUUCAUCGGAUAGUGAUUAUCCUGUCGUGCAAAUUGAUUCAAAUUCUACCACUAAAACGAAUAAUGCACGAGAUGACGCAAAUGAAGACGAUUCUAAUACCGGAAAGGCUAAAACAACCACAAGGCGA